UUUUAAUGAGGCAGAGAAAUCGAAAUCAGAAGGAAAAGAAAAAGAAGAGCUUUCGAAGAAAACAAACAGUAAGGAGUAAAAGUCGUUUACUCGUUUCCGUUUUCGGAGCUUUUUGGGAGAGAAGAGAAAUAAAAAAUCACAGCUCUGUACGGAAAAAUUCAGAUCCGCAGGUUGAUUGAGCGCGUAGUAAAAUGAAGUCAGAAACGGCAUCGUCGACGGAUGAACAACUAGAGGCUGCCGGAACAGCAGCCGACACCAGAGGCAGACAUCGGAUUCUUGCUGAACUCAAGCGAGUCGAACAAGAAUCCAAGUCCCUCGAGGAAGAGAUGGAAUUGCUUGAGAAAACAGAUAAUGUGUCAACUCUGUGUGAGGAAUUGCUGCGUAGCAUGGAGACCAGACCUGAUCCACUACUUCCAUUAACAAAUGGCCCCAUAAACCCAUCAUGGGAUAUAUGGUUUGAAGGGCCUCAAGAUUCAGAAAGUUGCAGAUGCCAGAUUCUGUGAUUUGAAGGCAAUCUAACAUCCUUGUUUGUUGCCAAGAUGUGUUGUUUACAUAACAUACAUGUUUACACCUCUCAAUUGUUAACAAUUUAUUCA